AUGAUUUCGAUGCACACGUUUUUCCUAUUGCUGUUCACAGUGCUGGCAGGGUGUGACAUUCCACAGGAAGCUGUGAGAUUGAACGUACCACUUUGGGACGUGAAUGAUCUAUACUCGCGCCUAUCGAACGCAUUUGGAGCGGCAAGCACCACCCAAGCACCUAAGGGGACGCAGGAAAGUUCUAACGCUGCUGCUUCUUGGGACGCCUAUUACAACGCGCUCAUGCAGGAAUAUUACAACAAGAAGCAAGGAUUAUAUCCUGGAAGUCAAAUGGUACCAGUUGAUCCUUUACCCUUACCUGUACCAGUUCCGGUGCCACUGCCUCGGCCUCCGCGUCCUUUACGACCUCUCAGACCCCUAAGGCCAAAUCGACCAAGGCCUAGGCCAACACGGAAACCGACAAGAAGAAGCACCACAACUAGACGGCCAACUAGUACUACAAGAAAAUCAACAACUACCACAACACAGAAAACUACAACAUCUUCGACGGCAUCAGCAUCUACGGCUGUAUCAGUUUCAAGUACAUCGACUACGAUAGCACCUGCAACCAGUUCAACAACCGAACAAUCUUCAACAACAGCAGGGUCUACAACAACAGGAGGAUCUUCCACAACCGGUGGCUCUUCUACAACUGGAGGUUCUUCCACAACUGGUGGGUCUUCUACAACUGGAGGCUCUUCCACAACUGGUGGGUCCUCCACAACAGGAGGAUCUUCCACAACUGGUGGGUCUUCUACAACGGGAGGCUCUUCUACAACAGGAGGAUCUUCCACGACAGGGGGCUCUUCAACAUCAGGCUCUGCCGUUUCAUCUUAUCGAAUCAGACGAAAGAAAAUAAAUUUCCGAGCCACAACACCCACUCCAAUGAAUCCAUUCCACAGUCACCGCAAGAGUAGUCCUAUUUCCACACCGACAGUGCUUAGUCUAGAGGGGCAGCACACAACUUCUGCUGCACACAGACCAGAUCUCGAGCUUACUAUACAAUCGGCUCCCCAAUCCAUGACCACGCUGUGCCAUAACUAUCCACGUCUUUGUGCCAAGCCCGAGGAGGCAGAAUACGUUCGCUUAACCGAUGGAUUCGGCAAGCCGAUGCUUCUUAUAACGCCUGUCGCGGCAGACAUUACCCGCCGGUUGAACUCAAAACCAAAACCGCUAAAAUGGCAGCAAUCUGGACGAAAGAAACCAUCUAGGAGUAAAUAUAUUUACCGGUUAGUUAAACCGAAGCAUAAUCAAAGGGCAUGA